CAAUACACGCACCCACAUACCCUAGUUGUGUGUGUCGGCUUUGCCCUGCAGGUGAACUUUACCGGCCGCUCACUAACAGCCGCAGCAGCUAACAGCGGUGGCUGUCACCUCCAGCGAUCCCUGAAACACUGCAACAUCAGUUUGAAUCCACUGUGGCCUAACCUAACCGGUUUCAAAACGGCGGCGGCAGCACAGGAGAAACUGGACCCGUCCGGCUCAGCAUCCAGCUCAAAGAUGGAGUUGGCAGCGGCUCACCCAGCUCUCAAAGCCUUUAUGUGUGGCUCCCUCAGUGGCACCUGCUCUACACUCCUCUUCCAGCCUUUGGAUCUGGUGAAGACACGACUGCAGACCCUGCAGAACAAUGCCAAGCCCGGCGCACCCAAGGUGGGAAUGUUUAGCGUUUUCAUCAAUGUUAUUAGGACAGAGAAGUUCUUCAGUCUGUGGAAAGGUGUUUCACCGUCAUUUGUGCGCUGCAUCCCUGGGGUGGGUAUCUACUUCAGCACCUUCUACUCCCUGAAGCAGCACUUCUUCCUGGACCGAGCUCCCAACGCUGGCGAGGCAGUUCUGCUCGGAGCGGGUGCCAGAGCUGUGGCCGGAGUCUGCAUGUUACCAUUCACAGUCAUCAAGACGCGCUUCGAGAGUGGCUUUUACAGUUAUGUGAGUGUGCCCGGUGCUCUGAGGAGUAUGUAUGAGACGGAGGGAAUCAGGGCUCUGUUUUCUGGGCUGACUGCCACGCUGCUCCGCGACGCUCCUUUCUCCGGCAUCUACGUCAUGUUUUACAGCCAGGCCAAGAGAGCGCUGCCUCAAGAGGUGACCUCGGCGCCCUACGCCCCGCUGGUGAACUUCAGCUGUGGGGUGAUUGCGGGUGUCAUGGCAUCAGUAGUAACGCAGCCUGCAGAUGUAGUGAAGACUCACAUUCAAGUCAGACCCUCCCACUGUAGCACAGCCGGUGCAGUUCGCCGCAUCUACAUGGAGCACGGCAUGGCUGGGUUUUUUCGUGGAGCUGUGCCCAGGUCUCUUCGACGCACUCUCAUGGCUGCCAUGGCUUGGACUGUGUAUGAACAGCUGAUGGCUCGAAUGGGCCUCAAAUCCUGAAGAGCAAAAGUUUUUAGCUGCAAGAGAAGGGAAAGAGCUAUAAGAGGAUACUUCUGUAUUAUUAUUAUUAUUAUUAUUAUUAUUAUUAUUAUUAUUAUCAUCUAAGAAGUAAAUGGAGCUGAGGAGCUUAUAGGGUCAGUGAGCCAGCUGUAACAAGAUAAUAAGCAAAGGAAGCAGGUGGAUAAAUGCCUGAAACACAUGAGUAAGAGUGCUCUGUUUGUGUGUUUGCUGUGUGUGGUGAAACUGUUUGGGACUGUGAUGUUACACCUGAAGCACUCUUAUGUCCGUCUCGGACUGUAGUGACACUCCCUGCUGUGAAGUGAACUCGUCCCUCCUAAUAUUUAUGUUCCUGAGGUAUGGCUACUAGCGAUCAGAAAACGGGGCCAGUGGCUCUUCUGGCUAACAGUUGCCUUUGACGAUGUUUUAAAAUACCGUAGAAACGAACGAGACACUCAAUAAGCUGGUGUCACUUACAUCCGAUGAAGAAGCAAAGCACUGCAGGUUCUGCCAUAUUUGUUCUGACAAGAUUGAGCAAUGUUUCGUACUUGCUGACUGAUCUCUUUUUUUAAGAAGCAGAGAAGUUUAUUUGUUUCAGGCUCAGACAAUCAGUACUCACACAGCUGCAUUAUGGGAAAAUGGAGGCCAAUGCUAAUAACUGUGUUAAAGCCUUUGUUGCUGUAUUGCUUAAAACUUUGCUAGCUACGUUUAUAUAAAACUAUGGUGCGUUUUCGACUCGGCGUAAUGAUAGCCACAUCUGUAGCUAAAUCAAUGAAUAGCAGUGAUUUCAUCUCACGAGAAAAACCCAACAAAAAAGUCAGGAUUUUAUGGAUUUUUUUUUUAUUUUA